AUGGCGCGCCGAGUCCGGAAGACGCCGUGGAGCCGCACGGGAUGCAGUGAUGGCCAAAAGCCGAGGUGUCAGACAUGCCUGCGGCUGGGCCUCGAAUGCGUCCAGUUCGACAUCUUCUGUCCCAUCAACGUGGUUACACCGACACGCGAAUCCCGGCCCAGAGCGGUGACGGACGCCGACCCGGAGGCUGAUCCGGACGAAUCGAAUCACUCGAGCCCGGCAUCGACAUCGUCGGGAUCGUCCGGCGGCACGGCAGACGACGCAGAAUCCAGCGGCGAGGCGGCGGAUUGGCACAGCAGCUCGGGCUCCUCGGCGCUGGUGCCGUCGACGGCUCGGAGGCUCUCGCAGUCGUCAUCACGGUCGUCGCGGUCGUCGCGGUCGUCACAGUCGCAGUACGAGUCGCAGUUUCAGCUACAAUCAUCACCGCAUCAAAAUCAAAAUCAAAACCAACAUCAACAUCAACAUCAACAUCACCAGAACCAGAACCAGAACCAGAACCAGGUGAGCCUGCGGGCUCGCGGCGGUGGCUCGCGGGACGGGCCGCCGAUGCCGUCGCUGUCGGCCUUUUCCUACCUGUCUACGAGCGAAUACUUCUUCUUGCAAUACUACCUGGAGCGGCUGAGCAACGUGCUGGUCAACGCAAACAGCUCCGUCAACCCGCUCAAGCAGCUGAUCCUGCCGCGCAUCGCCUCGUCCAACCUGCUGCUCGACGCAAUCUGCGCCACCGCGGCCGUCCACCGGUCGAGUGCAAACGACGUCGACCGGUCGGAAUACUCAACCAUGGCGACGCGGUACUACGUCCGCGUGCUGUCGGCGGUGCGGGACCUGAUUCCGCGAGUGACAAACAACAGUUCCUCUGGCUCUGGCUCUGGCUCUGGCUCUGGCUCUAGUAGGAGAAGAGAGCAGCUGAUAACGGACGGCAGAGAGUCGAGCCCCGUCGAGGGCGAAGGCAGCAGUGACUACGGUAACGGCAACAGAAACAACAAGAACAAGAACAAGAACAAGAGAAAGGUCAUCAUCGAGGACAAGGACACGGCCGAAAUGGCCAUUCUGGCGUCCAUCUUCCUGUGCAAAUACGAAAUCAUCAAGGACGGCGUGGAAAACUGGCGCUUCCACCUGCGAGGCAUCGAGUCUCUGUGCCAGUCGCUGGACCCGGAGCAGACGGCGUCCAUGUCGAAUACGCUGGCCUACGUCCGUAGCUUCAUGUCGUAUCAUAAGAAUAUUGCUCGCGUCACCGAAUACGCGCCGCACGCUAGAGACGAGGAAUUCGAGCAUGAGCCAUUCGAGAUUGGCACGCUGUUCCCAGUUGACCCGUACAUGGGCUUCUCGCAGAGCCUCAUUAUUCUCCUCGGCCGGGCCAACGACCUCCUCGUGAUCAACAUACGAGAUGAACCGCAUAAAGUCAAAGAAGAAGUGGAGGCCAUAUUAAGCCUGCUGGCUAGGAGAAGCUGGAGCGCGGAUCGGUUCGCCAUUCCCGAAGGCAUGGGUCCCUUGACGAUUGAAAACUCGUCGCACAUUGCCGAGGCGUAUCGAUGUGCCGUCAUUGCUUGCAUCCACGCCGCGCUCGAGAUUCUGGCGGAGAGAGAGAGAGAGGGUGCCGUAUAUUCUCCACUGGUGCCGAUGGAGGAGCUGUCGUUGCAUUCACAGUUGCAGCCGCAGUCAACAAUCCCCCUUCACAUCCCCACCCCCAUAGACUGGGCAUCCCUGCACGCCCUUUUGCCCGUAGAAAAGGCCGAGGCCCUGACGGACUGUCUGGCGGCGGUGGCGCGGGUUCCGCUUGGAUGUCCGGAAGAGGCCGGUCUGCUGCCGCUGCUGUUUAUCAUCGCGUGCGAGACCCAAGUACAGGACCAGGCCAAGGAGGCGCUGGUGCGGGUGGAAGCGCUGGGGAGCCACAUUGGGCUGGGAAACGUGCGGUGUGCGCAAAUGUUGCUGAAGCAGGUGUGGGCGAGGAAGUCGGUGCAGCGAGACUUUCACGACUGGCGGGGGUUGCUGGCCAAGGUCAAGUGGGAUCUCAUUAUUACUUGA